AUGGACAGAAAGUAUGGAAAAUACGUAUUGAAUGUCGAACACUCUGACAACCCACCGCCCAACACAUGUCCACAUGACCAGGAGGCUCACAGAUCUGCAUGCUGCUGUCCACCUUCAAAUGAUGUAACCACUGAUGUCUCUUCCAACUUACCUGGGGUCUGGGUGAGCCCAAGAAUCUGUGCACAUUCAGCAUGCUCACGUGCAGAAUUACCCAAUGUGGAGUUGAAUGAAAAUUGCUGCAAUGACUGGUCUCUGUGGAAAGUUUUCCUGGCCUGUCUCUUGGCCUGUAUUAUAACCACAGCUAUUGGAGUACUCAUACUGAGCCUGGUGAAUAUUAAGGGAAACAAUUCCUCCAUUGUUAUCCAGCUACCCACAAACAGUGGACAGCCCACAGUUAUUGUACCUGGAACAACCUCUACUACUUCUCAAUCUACAGCAACUACCACUUCAACUGCACCUACAACCACUGCGACAGCUUCAACCAUCACUUCAACUAACUCUGCAGUCUCUACCGCUUCCACUCAAUCUGCCACCACAUCAGGCACCUCUCCCUCUUUAAGUGAAACCACAGCUGCCACUACUGCAGCAGCAUCUAUGACUACGGCUACUGCCACGCAGUCCUCGGCUGCAACAACCACAGCCACUUCAACUGACUCUGCAGGCUCCUCUUCCGCUUCUGUUACGGGUACACCGGCCACCUCUGGAAACUGA